CACAAGAAGAAGAAAAUCGCGGCCCGGAGGAAAUGGGAGGUGUUCCCGGGGAGAAACAAGUUCUUCUGCAAUGGGAGGAUCAUGAUGGCUCGGCAGACGGGCGUCUUCUACCUGACGCUCAUCCUCAUCCUGGUCACCAGCGGACUCUUCUUCGCCUUCGACUGUCCAUACCUCGCAGUGAACAUCACCCCCGCCAUCCCCGUGGUCGGCGGCAUCUUGUUCUUCUUUGUGAUGGGGACUCUGCUUCGGACCAGCUUCAGUGACCCGGGAGUCCUCCCUCGAGCCACUCCUGAUGAAGCCGCAGAUCUGGAAAGGCAAAUAGAUAUCGCCAAUGGCACCAGUUCAGGGGGGUACCGCCCACCUCCCAGAACCAAAGAAGUCAUCAUCAAUGGCCAGACUGUGAAACUAAAGUACUGUUUUACCUGCAAGAUUUUCCGUCCCCCUCGGGCUUCCCACUGCAGCCUGUGUGAUAACUGCGUAGAACGGUUUGACCACCACUGUCCCUGGGUAGGCAACUGUGUGGGGAAAAGAAACUACAGAUUUUUUUAUAUGUUUAUUUUAUCCCUGUCUUUUCUGACAGUCUUUAUAUUUGCAUUCGUUAUCACCCACGUCAUUCUUCGUUCACAGCAAACAGGAUUCCUCAAUGCCCUUAAGGACAGUCCAGCGAGAUAUCCUUUCCGGUGGCUCUGUGGGGACCUCUCUUGCAGAUUCAGUAUUUCACCAACCCCGACACUCUUAUCUCUUUAUGGCUCUGGCUUUGGCUUUUCUCCUCAUAAAUCACAUCCUUAUACAUUUUGUAAGGCAUCAGGAGCCCCACCGAAUAUUCACUUGUAUGAUAAAUGGCUUUUGACCAUCGAGUCUCCAGACACUCAUGCAGCCCUGUCUAAACUGAGAAUCAAAGGGUCUUGGUCCAAUAAAAGAGGAAAAGAAAAUUACAAUCCCUACAGCUAUGGAAACAUCUUCACAAACUGCUGUGUCGCCCUGUGUGGCCCCAUCUCCCCCAGCCUAAUCGACAGAAGAGGAUACAUCCAGCCCGACACGCCACAGCCAGCAGCACCAUCCAAUGGAAUUACUAUGUAUGGGGCCACGCAAUCACAGAGUGACAUGUGCGACCAAGACCAAUGCAUUCAGAGCACCAAAUUCGUUUUGCAGGCCGCAGCCACUCCUUUGCUUCAGAGCGAGCCGAGCCUCACCAGCGAAGAGCUGCAUAUGCCUGGAAAGCCAGGCUUGGGCACACCAUGUGCUAGCCUGACACUGGGUCAGCCCACACCACCCUCCUCUAUGCCCAAUCUUGCCACUGAGGCCACACUCUCAGACAUUAUGCCCCUAAAGGACGAGCACGGGGCCCACCAGUUUCUGACCCCAGACGAAGCACCCUCACCUCCAAGGAUGCUUGGGGCAGGCAGCCCCCUAGCGCACAGCCGUACCAUGCACAUGCUGGGCCUGGCCAGCCAGGACUCUCUUCAUGAAGACUCUGUGCGGGGCUUGGUAAAGCUCAGCUCCGUGUGACCUGCAUGGCCAGCCCUGGGACCACAGGUGACAAACAAGCAAAAAGAAAACAAUGGACAUAGCGCCAAGUGGACAUUUUAUUUGGAAUCUGCCGGGCGGGCCAGGGGAGGGAGGACCCUCCGGAGGAACCUGGAAUUGGAAGAGGCUGCGUGGAUGCAGCACCCUCUGUCGGCUGCCCUUGGGACAGACACGAGGAAGGUUUUCGACACUGGCGACCAGACUGAAAUUGCACUUAAUGUAAUGCUACUAAUUGAAAUCGACCCGCCGUUCCAUUUGUUCAUUAAAACAAAACAAAACAAAAAUCCUAAAGGGAAAAGCCGAGCAGGCAUGGGUUUGCAUGCCACACGUGUGUCACAGCGGUGGUAUUCUGACCCCCUCCGUUUCAUUCUUUUCAAUCUUGUGAAACUAUCCAGAGCGACAGACUGAGCCCAACGGCCGAUGUCAUCCUGCCAGGACUUAGCUGUAUGCGGAUGGUCGUCCCCUGCUGCAGAGGGCUACUGGGGCCCUGCUGCAGACAGACAUUUAGCCUUCUGUCAGCGCUUAGACAGGGUGUUGUAUUGUGCCACCGUUUACCAGUCCUCGCCUCCUGUGUGAUGAACUUCCUGUGGACAGCCAAUAAAAUGACUCCUCUGCUA